CGGCGGUUCUCCCUCGUACGCUCAGCGGAGCCGUCGUCAUUGGGCGUCGGGACGUCGCGACGACGCUCUUUUCCUCUCUCUUUCUCUCUCGUAUACUUUUAACACGCGCGUAUACAUUUACUCGUCCUCUCUCUCUCUCUCUCUCUCUCUCUCUUUUUAUCUUCCUCUCUCCUUUUUUUCUUAUACUCAACCAGCCUGUUUCUCCUGUUCUCGAACGAAGGCGAUCGAGCGCGCGCUUGUCGAACGUUUCCGCGCGCGGAUAAUCGCUCUGUGCCGUGUCAGUUCGCGAAGAGCGUUCGCCAGUGCACGCGCGCACGUCAAUGCAUCGGUGCAUCUUCGGCUCUUUAUCUUUAUCUCGAAGCCGUGUGUCAUAUAUAUAUAUAUAUGUAUAUAUGUAUAUAUGUAUGUAUAUACAUAUACACAUAUCUAUCUGCAUAGAUACACGUAGAUAAACUACAUAUAUUAUACCUUCUAUAGUUCGACUCGGUAGUGUCUUACGUAUUUUAAUUACGUAUAUAAAGCAUCGAAUAAAAACGAGCCUUUUUACGUUUUGCGUUCGGUGCGUCUGUCAGUGCAGCGAAGUUCGCGCGGGCUUAGAUCGUGUGUGUGCGCGCGCGCGCGCCCGCGUGCCCGGCCCCGUUCAUCCGCGUGCAAUUUUCUUAAACUCGUGUAAAGGUUCGCGCGCGAUUUUCUCGAAUUGGUGUAUUGAAAAUUAUUGAUAAAAUAAUAUAGUAACCGAUCGUUCGAUUAUGAUCGUCGAUUUUUGUAAGGAUCGGUGCCGGUGAAUCAUCUAAUGGGAGGGAAAAGUCUUCUUCUCGAGUUCGUUAAAAACUAUGCCGAUUUUCGCUUAGAUAGUCCUUUGGACAUCGGCGAUAUAUCGUGACAAGUGGAGAAGGACGUAUCGCAGGAUGGGACGGACGACGUUGCGAGGAUCGAGCGACGAAGGACAGAUCGUUGUUGUCGCCGUCGCCGUCGUCGCCGUCGUAGCCGUCGUCCUAGAAAGGAGACAUUCGAGAUUCGAAGAGAGGAUUGCGACCUGGAAGUUCUUCGGGAGCGGUUGAAACCAUUUGCGAGAAGUUUACGGAUGAAGCUCGUAAAAGAAGCUAGAGGGAAAGAAGAAGGAGGUGGAGGUGGAGGUAGUGGAGGAGGAGGUGGAGGAGGAGAAGGCGAGGAUCACCUUCCGAGAGGAAGGACGAGAGAACGAGUCAUGUCACAUGUCGUUCCUAUGCUUUUGCCACGUUUCGCGCCAAUCGCCAAGCUAUUAAUCGCGGCGAUCCUCGUGCUCUCUUGUUGUGCUAAUCGUUUCGCUCGUGCUAGCGAAUUCCCUGAAAGAGAAUGCUGCGUCUUCCCUUUACCCGAACCAACCGGAAGAUCCACGGCCGCGCCUAUACCAACCGGCAGAAGCGGAUCCGAUAUCAAAAAGGGUGUCGCUAUAUUGAAUUGCCUCUACGCUCGUCAACUUUGUUUCGAGGAUCCAUCCUGUAGUGCCAUUCUCGAAAUUAUUCCACGUGUCUGCGGUCCAGAAUUAGUGGCUUGUUCAACGGUGACGGUGACGAAGUGUCGUUCAGCACUUCACAGUCUGCAAGCUUUCUCGUUCUUUCGGCCCACGUGUCUUUGUAAGGAACGGCACGUCGAUCCAGACUGCAAUAGUUUCCAGAAUUUCCUCUUCGACCAUCCCUGCAUCGACGUACAGAAGAAAGAAAAAGAACAGCAUCCAAUCGAACCUUUACCAACGUGCACCCAUGCCAUGAACGAGUGUCUACGAGGGAAGCCGUGUAAUCAGGUCUUCGAAAACUUCAAAAACAGCUGUAAAGCACGAGAGGGCAAGUGCAGAAUGGAGAGUCGAGAUGCUUGUCAUGACUCUUGGACGCAACUUCGAUUGUCACCGGUCUUUGGUUGUAUAUGUCCAAACAAUCACAUAAAGAAACGAUGCGACAGGAUCUUCUCAUUGGUCAAUCAUAAUCCUUGCGUCGAGUAUCUGCCCUCCUCCGCCUCGGUAGACCUAUCGGGUACGGACUCGGCCCUCUAUCCAUUCGACCCGCAGCAGGAGAGCUACCAGGAGAUCUGGUUACCGCCGACCAGUAUGUAUCCCUAUUUUCUGUUCCCCGGGACCGCGCGCACCUCGUACCACGACUACGAAAUACCGUACGAAGGACAAGAACAGGGACAUCGCCGUCAGCACGGCCAUCGUCAUCAGCCCGGUCGCCAUCAGGAGGCACCGGAAAAGCCAGCCAAGCCCAGCGUGUUCGUCGUCGACGCGAACGAUCCACGGAGGAACGAUUUAAACAAGGCUGAUCCUCGUAACGAGGAUCGUUUCGUCGUGACCGACGACGAACACUCGUCGGCUGGUCGGUUCCAUCUUCCAGGUUCAAGGUUCGGCAACCGGAGGCAGGAGGGUGCCCGGGGAGAUGGGAUCUUUCAAGAUUUUGAUGGCUCCUCUUCAUCCUCCAACGUCCAUUCCUAUUCUUCUUACCCUUCUUCCUCGUCCUCUUCUUCUUCUUCUUCUUCUUCUUCAUCAUCUUUGUCUUCUUCUUCUUCUUCUUCUUCUUCUUCUUCUUCUGACGCGUUUUCCAAGCAUGAUCGUGCCUCCAACACAGUGCACCUGCAGCCAAGGCACCCCCACCAAAGCGAGCAUGACGCGCACCUGCACCAUCACCAUCAUCACCAGCACCAACAGCACCACCACAACCACAACCAGCACCACUACUACCACCAUCACCCUGCACCUGCACCGUCCCCGUCGUCUUCUUCGUCGUCUUCGUCUUCCUCGUCGUCAUCGUCGUCUUCGUCAGCAUCCUCGUCCUCGUCAUCGUUGUCGUCGUCGAACGCGCAACCACCGCGACCGACGCCUACCGUCGACGAAACUAAACGAAUCGAGACACCGCAAGUCGCGCCACCAAAGAAAUUCGCACCGAGGCCAACCUACGAGCAUCGGGCGAUCUUCGAUCGCGUCGACGACGACCUCGAUGACAUCGAGUUCAGGAUCGGCGCUCUGCCAGUCGAUCGGCUCUUCGAUCUGCGCGAGGCUUUCGAAGGCUUCGUCGAUCAAGUGAAGGUCAUCUCUCAUCCGGACAACUCUACGAGCUUCGAGGUAAUCGAGUCUCAAGUGGAGAAUCCAUUGAUUGAUGCCGAUCAUCAAGAUCUUCUAGCGAUGAAACAGAUACCUGUACCUGGUGAUCAUCAUCGACGAUCUCAUCGAAAGAAGAAUCAGACUGUGGAAGAACUCGAUCAAGCUGCAGCUCUACCAUCUGCUAAAUCGGAAAUUGACAAGAUUCAGCAACCACCUAAGUUGAUACUUUCCAGCACAUGUCAUCAUGCAUACACAUCGUGCAAGAACGACCCGGAGUGCAAGGCAUUAUUACAGCCGGUCCUGAAUUACUGUGGUUUGACGAGCUGCGCGAGAAACGAAUGUAUGGCAGCUCUACAACACUUCUAUAAAACGGCUAAUCACAAGCACUCCAUCGAAAUAGCUUUCUGUUUGUGCCGAAAAACCGAUGGCAGAAAAGACGAAUGCAUCGUAGCACAAGAAAAGAUGCAUCCUGCAUGUGCACAACGUAUCGAAGGUGCCGAUAUGCCCACAUGUCACAGUCUCGCGGAAACUUGCAAGAAAAACGAAGCCUGCCGCAUGAGAUUGGAGCAUUACGAGCAAAAUUGUGCGGUAGACAGCGUAACGAAAAAAUGUGCUGGACCACCAUCCGAUUGUAGGAAAGCGAUGCUAGGUAUACUUGGGACCGAACUUCGUUCAAAUUGCGCUUGCAAAGGCACCGACUUUACGCAACUCUACGACUGUCUUGGUUGGCAAAGACUCCUUUGGGUUAACCCGUGUGUAGUCGAGUCUCAAAAGGACUACCAUGCACGUCGAAAACACCACCACUAUCCAAGAACAACGCCGAUUGGCAAUAUUCCGUCGACGACAACAAUGACGACGUCGUCGUCAACUACUAGAACACACGUAAGCAUGACGGCUACUACGAUGGCCACCGCGGUUGAACGAGUUGAAGAUAAUCAAAUACCGGAAGUAACGAGGUGGCCGACCACCGAACCCACGGAAACUUUAGAAAUCACGACUAACACCGUUAGUACGACGCCAAGCACAACUACAACGACAACCACACCGCCACGCUUUUGUGUCGUUCAAAGGCCAAGACAGAGUCAUCAGUACAUACGAGAGGGUAAAGGCAAAAGGCUUUAUCGCGAAGACGAGCCAGAAUGUUCGGAGCUCUGUCAAUGCGGUGAAGGCGAAGUUCUCAUCUGCAAUACGAUCUGCGUCGAUUCAUCUCCUUGUAAAACGGACUUCGCUUACUAUAACCAUGAGGCGCCAGCUUAUCAGGCCCACCGUGGUCCAUGUCUCUGCUAUAGUGGUGGUUUCAUAUGUAUGCGUCCAUCACCUGGAGCGUACAGUAUACCGCACGGAGUUUUUAUGUUCUUGGGAUAUAGCGAAAAGGACGAGACCUUGUUAAGGCCACACAACAAUCUUACGGUUCUAGACGCCGUUUCGUCUCUCGACAAUUUCAUGCGAGAGGAAGUCAAUAACCAGACCGUAUGCACGCUCUUCCUCUACAAUGUGACUCGAGAGAACGUGAUUGCAGUAGCACGUCUUGGUACGGACAAUCCACCUUUAAAUAGCAGUCAAGCUCAGAGUUUGCAACACCUCUUGCGAGUCAAGGAGGAAUGCGCUUCCAUGCUGGAGGAUUUGAGCCAGAAGAUCAAUAAUAAGCAUCAUGAAGUUCACACGCAUCCUUUACUCUCGAUAUUCAAGAUGGCCGAGGUCGCGGUUAAACUACCCUAUAGCAACGAUGGUAGAAGCAUGUCAAGGUCAUCGAGUUCUAUCCUCCUACUCGUGCUCCUCGCGUGCAGCGUUCUCGCGUCCACUUCGACGUGUCUCGCCGACGAUUCGUGACACGUAUAAUGUUACCUAUUCUAGAAGAGAAGGGGAAAAAGAGCCUCGAGUGUUUAAAAUAUCAACGACGAUUUAGGGACAUGAAAAAGUGUCAGAAAGAGUUUAAUGAAAAAAGGAAAGAAUGAAACAUGAUGUAUGUAGGUAUAUAUGUGUGUGGGUGUGGGUGUGUGUGUGUGUGUGUGUGUGUGUGUGGUGUGAGUAUGUGUAUAUGUAUGUAUGUAUGUAUGUACGUAUGUAUGUAUGUGCAUGUGUGCGUUUACGCGUACGUUUUCGUACGUAUAUGUAUGUAUGUUUGUAUCUGCCUGCAUGUGAUGCAUAGAUAAUUGCAUAAAGAAGUUUAAUUCAUCUUUUUCGAGAAAGAUAUAAAAUGGCUAUCUGUCUGACUAUCCAAACUUGUUCCUACAAUCGAGAAUCGAACGACACUAUAAAAAACUAAGCCAACUAACUUACCGUGUAAUAGAUCACGGAUAAACAUACGCCAUAUAUAUGGUAAUAUUACAACAAGAUCGUAAUAAGAAAAAUCUCUGUACGUGAUAUGUAAAGAAUAUGACAGAAGAGGGAAAGAUUUAUUUUCUUAUAUGUUUCUUCUCGAGUCUAUUUUCAUUCACGUUGUAUUUUGAGAAUAUUGAUUGAAGAGAAAAUAGAAUAGCAAAACCGAAUUAUAGUCGCGUUGUCAUAAAAUCGAACGUAUAGAAACAGCUGCAGUUACCUGCUCGAUCUCGAUGCAAAACGUGCUUUUUCUGAUAUUCCAUUUUCAAUAAGAAAUAGAUCACGUAUGAAAAAAGUGAGCAUAAAUUCAAAUACAUAGUUCGCUGCUGGACCGGCGAUAAUAUUACAAUCUCUUCCAAACGAUCUUGGCUAAUGUAAAAUCCUGUCGCGAUAAUUAUAUUGACCCAAAAUAAACUACGACACGAUACCAGCAGAGUUCAAGUUCUACUCUAAAGAAAAUUAUGAAAAAUCUCCUAAGUCAUGGACGAUCCUAUAAUCAUUGGAGAUAAAAUCAAGUACGAUACUCGAUUGCCUGGAAUGACUUCGUUUGUAUAAAUCGAAUGAAUUAGAGAAAGAAUGAGAGAGAGAGAGAGAGAGAGAGAGAGAGAGAAAGAGAGAAAGAGAAAUAGAAAGAAAGAAAGAAACAGAGAGUCUGUAAAUGACUAGCAUUAAUUAAUAUGUAUAAUGAAUUAAUCAACAAGCUCCUCCCAUACUGGACCAUUAGGUGUGUUUGUUAAAGUUGAAACUUGAAGCGCAAAUAACGCGUUUUCAGGUUAAUCAUAUGAGGCUCCGAAUAUUGUAGAUCGAAUUAUAGAUUGUUAAUAUAGAUAUAAAAUAAAGGUGUAAAAAAUAGAAGUAGAUACGCUACGUAAAAAAAAAAAAAAAACAAAGAGAAGUUAUCGGGAUUAUACGAGUGGUAUUUUUAAAGCCACCUUAGAUAUCGUGUAAUCAUUAUAAUCAAGAAGGUGGCUCAAAUUUUCCUAAGCUGUUAUAUCCAAUGUAUGACAUUAACAAGUAAUGCGGGAAUUUGCGAUCUCGAACGAUAGAUAAAACGGAAAGAUCGAUGAAGUAACGACGUAAGAAGCAAACAUACGAAAAAAAAUAAUUAUUCACUUACAUAUAUACAAACAAAGUAUACAUAUAUAUAUAUAUAUAUAAGAAAUAAUAAUAAUAAUAAUAUAUAUAUAUUAUUAUUAUUAUUAUAAACCCAUAUUAAAUUUAAGUAUGCAAAUUUAUUGUAGCUAAGGAAUGAAAGCAUCGACGAAAGCAUGGCGCAGAUGUCCACGCUGACAAACAUCGAUAUAAUAACGUUUGUACAUUGAAACUUUGCGCUGUAGUGAAAAGUUAAGUUUAUUAUAAAGAAAUUCGUCAAUUUAGAAACUUGACUAAUUAUAUGUACAAUCGUAUUGGCAUAUAUGUGAUGCGACGGAUAUGAAUGUAUGCGAUAGAAAAAUUAUUAUUCGACUCACGAUCAUCCCAACUACAUACGAAAUAAUCCUAUGCACAAACGACUUUUUAUUAUCCUACUAUUUUGUUAUUUUAUUUUUUCGAUUUUUGGCUAUCAUCGCAUUACACAUUCACGUUAAGUGAAUUCCUUCAUUAUUCAUAGAUAAUCAAUGUAGUGGUAAUUCGUAAAAAACAUUUAACCGAAUUGUCUCGAUGCAUUCGCUAUUAAUUUAUACGGGGAAAAGCGUUAAAGACGUAUUCUUCUGUUUUAUAAAGGUAUAUAGGUUGUAAUUGUAAUCGAGUACAAUGCACGGCACAAUAUUGCAAUCUACUCGACAGGCACAAUGUGUUAAUUUUGACGAGAAGAGAGUUGGGAUGUACGCGAGCGAGAUUGAAUGUACGUGACGUGGCUAUCGGAAAAGCAAUAAUGUAUAAAGUUUAUGAUCCACUGGCACAUUGCUCAAAGAGAUAGAAUAUGUAAAUCUCAUGUUAUAUAUACAUAUAUACGGUAACACAUAUACAUCCAGGUACAAUACGAAGAAGAAAUUCGCGUACGUGUUAAAUAGAUAAAAAAUUCGUGGCUGGUGUCCGAACAAUCGUCCAAAACGAUCCAUUUUGGAGUGACCAAACGUGCGUUCGUAAAAAGAAAAAGCAUAAAUGAUCAA